GUGGGCUCUUACUAAAAAAUUGUUACCAGACAGAGCUUUUAAAAUAGGGGGUAAAACCCUAAUCCAAUAUGAGCUGCAGUAUUCCAAUUCAAUCGCUCUUCUACGAUCCUAUAAAUUCUAUGAAUGACAAACUCCGCCCCCAUCAAUUUGCGUCUGUGAUGAAUGGCUAAAACAGGGCGCGACAACUAUUUACCUGAAGAAAUUAUCUUCAUAGUCCUUUCAUGGCUGCCUGUUAAAACACUCCUCCGCUUUAAAUCAGUUUGCAAAUCUUGGAGAUCGAUGAUAUCCGACACUCAAUUUGUGGGAGCUCACCUCAGCAAUUCCCGUAGAAAACCAGCAGUUUUACUAAACUUCGUAUCAUUUGAUCGACACAUUGAUGUCCAUUAUACUCCUGAAGAUUCAUAUAGGUUUUACCUGCCUCCUAAUGUCAACGGCAUGAAAUACAUAUGUUCUUGUGAUGGUCUUGUUUGUUUAUCUAAUGCUUAUUGCGAUGUUAUAUAUAUAUGGAAUCCAUUAACUAAACUGUUGAAGUUGCUUCCUCGUCCUAGCAAAAACUUGAAAAUCUAUCGAGGUUUACUAGCCUUAGGUUUCGAUCCUAUUUCUAAUGACUACAAGCUUCUUAGGAUUGCAGGAGUAGAAGCGGAGCUGUAUUCUUCAAAAGCCGAUUCCUGGAAACACGUUCAAGUUCCUGAAACACUAAAGGCAUUGCGGGCCAGUUCAAAAGUGGUGAAUGCUAAACCUGGGAUUUUGUAUAUGACAAGUGGCAAAGAUAUAAUUGCGUUUGAUUUGCAUAAGGAGGUGUUUCGACUAUAUACGAUUCCUCCCUGUAAAAUGUCAGAUAUUUUGGAGUUUAAUGGUGAGGCUGCUAUGGUUUUUAAAUCCGAUGAUGGAUCCGCUCUUAGUCUAUUUGUGUUGAACGACGUUUGUGGUGAGGUGUUUUGGACAAAAUUGUUGGAUUUAGAGUUUGAUGACAACAUAUCAAGAGUUCUUCCUUCUCUGGCUACCGCAAAGUUUGUCACAGAAAAUGAUAAUGAGGCUAAGAAGUAUGCUCUUCGAUUUCACGGUGAUGGAAAGGGCAUGGUUAUCAAGUACACCGAGAGUCUUGUUUACCUCCAAGGGUUUCAACGACAAGUUGAAAGUAAUAGAUACUUAAAGCAGUGAUGAUUCAUGUUCAGAUUCGCAAAAACAGAGACUGUCGUAAAACGACUAAAUGUUGAGCUACAGAUAUUGCAAAAAUUGCUGAAAAUUUUGAGAAUGGAAAAGUAAAAGACUGUGAAAUGGAGGCUAGCAAUCAAAGAAAUAUCAUGAUAGGGUUCAAAUCAGAGAUUGAGACACUGAAACAACAAUUUGAGAAAGCAAGUGAAUACAAGGAGAAGGUAGUGGAAGCUAAAGCAACAAUAUAGCAACUAAAGGUAGAGCUUGAGGCUGGAAGGAUGACCGAAUCUUAUACGCAUAAUUUGCUCGAAGAGUGGCAAAAAAGGGUUAAAGAAUUAGAGAUCAAUCGUGAUCAAGCAAAUCGGCUAGAAAAUCCACAUUAGAGUCUUUGGAUACCUGGGAUUUUGUAUAUGACAAGUGGCAAAGACAUAAUUGCGUUUGAUAUGCAUAAGGAGGUGUUUCGACUGUAUACGAUUCCUUGUACCAAGAGUUCUUCGCUCUCUGCUCUUGGAUUUCACGGUGGUGAUGGAAAGGGCAUGAUUAUCAAGUACACCGAGAGUCUUGUUUCCCUCCAAGGGUUUCAACCACAAGUUGAGGAGAGUAAGUAUUACUCCCUCUGUCCCAAUGAAUUGUAUACAGUUUUUUUUUUGGGACGUCCCACCAAUUGUAUACAUUCCAAAAGUAGUAAACUUUUAUAAUAUAAAACAUC